AUGGGGAAAAUAUCUCAAGCUCUAAAUUCUCAUCCUAAGGGGGCAAUACCAAGUGAUACGGUGGUAAAACCAAAGCGUGGUAACAAUAUGGGGCAUGCCAUAGCGGUUAUCACAAGAAGUGGAAGAGACGGGAAUGUACCCACCUCAAGUGGAAGGCGACUUGUUGAUGAUGAUCAAGUGAUGCAAGAAGAAGAGAUCUCGAACAAUGUGGUUCAACCUAAUGAGAAAGUUCGUAUUCAUAUUGAUGACAGUGUGGAAGAGACUCAAGAGGAGGUGAACCCGUCUAGGAUACACAAUAUUGACAUACCGGAGCCGGUAGUGCAAAAGGCUAAGGCACCAUCACCUAUGCCUCAACCUCCAUACCGUCAAAGACUUGCCAAGCAAAAUGAUUUUGUGACAAAGAAACAGUUGAUGAAUUUUGAGACCAUCAAAGUCACUCAUCAAGUGAGUGCAAUUGUUCAUUCAAUGGCUCCUAUGUUGGAGGAUCCCAGUGCUUUCACGAUUACUUGUACAAUUGGAAGUGCCGAGUUUGCUAAAGCGCUUUGUAUUCUUGGGAUUGGGCAACCAAGACCUACCUCUAUGAUAUUGCAAAUGGACGAUCUUACCAUGAAGAGGCCGUUGGGUGUGAUUGAACAUGUUUUGGUUCGGGUUGAUAAAUUCAUCCUUCCGAUGGAUUUUGUCAUUCUAGAUUGUGAGGUUGAUUGUGAGGUGCCAAUUAUUCUUGGGAGACCUUUCCUUGCUACGAGUAAGGAUCUUUGUGAUGUUGAAGCCGGAGAACUCACUUUUCGGGUUGGUGAUAAAAAUGUGGUAUUCCAUGUGUGUAAGUACAUGCGGCAACCAAAAAGCAAAGAGGUGUGCUCUUUUGUGGAUUUGGUGACCGAUGUCACUGUUGAUGAUACAAGUUCUAAACUCAAUUCCGUCCCAGAUCCAUCAGCACCAUCUGCACCGGUAGCACCAGCUGGCCAGUCUGAGGAGCCAGACCUUACUACCGACACUGCUGAGGCAGUGCGUGGGAUAUUCACCACUCCCGCCACACCUAGAUUUGACAAUGAGGAAAUACAGUUGGCUGAUCCUGAGGGAGAUGAUAUUGCUAGGGACACUGAGAUGUCAAAGGAUCCAUAG